AUGCUAAAGUUUGGGCAGCAUGUAAUCCAGCAGAGUUGUGUGUUCUGGGAAAGCAAGCUCAGUUUUGCGUUUGUCAACAUUAAGCCUGUAUUACCUGGUCAUGUCUUGGUAUCUCCUAAAAGAAUUGUACCUUCUUUUACCAAUCUCUCUCCUGAAGAGAAUGUGGACCUCUUCAAAGGAGCACAGCAACUGGCAUCCCUACUUAAAACACACUACAAGACAGAAAGCCUAACUCUGGUAGUCCAAGAUGGAGUUGACGCUGGUCAAUCAGUCCACCAUGUCCACAUUCACUUGAUGCCUCGGCAGGCUGGUGACUUUGCUAACAAUGAUGAUAUUUACGGAGAGAUCGAGAGAGUAGAUAGUACCACUAGUGAGAUAAGGAGUGAGAUGGAGAUGGAAAGUGAGGCGAUGAUUUAUAAGGAAUUAGUUAAAGAGAUGGGGAUAACAUCAUGA